CAGACGGUAACGUGUUCCUGGAGGGAAGUGACUCCGAGGGAGAGGAAGAUGACAAGAAAGUUUUAUCACUUUCCGGAACUUCUGAUGGUUUUCGAUCAAGACCUAUAAAAGAGCAAUGGGUGAUCAGUUUAAAGCAGAGAUCUGGUGUACUAAAGAUGGGUGGGUUCAUUCACAAAGGAUACAAUGAACUGAAGGAGUUCAUGAAGACGAUAGAAUACAAUAACUUCAUGGCUGAACUAACUUGCAAUGAAACAAAGAACAGACCAGCUGGACCUUUGGCUCCAAGCCACACGAGAGUGAAACUGCAAAGAGUAAUGGAGGACCUUGGGUCUGAUUACAUCAACGCAAAUUUUGUUGGCUCACCAUUGUAUCCAAAGUCAUACAUCAUAGCUCAAUGGCCAAUGGAAAACACAAUACCAACAUUUUGGAGGAUGAUUUGGGAGACCAAUGCGUCAGUGAUUGUGGUAUUAGGAGACACUGAUGAUAAGAAUAACUUCUGGCCAGAGAAGGAAGACUAUCAGCUGCACCCAGCAGUGAUACUGGGAGAGUGGUAUACUGACUCUCUCUAUGUUAGGACUGAUAAGGUUCAUCCUAACACCUCCGGAGUAGAGGGACUGUUUGAGGUAUCCAUGGUGAUACACAGUUAUGAUGAUGAUGUCACUGAGCACCUGAGCCUGUUUCAUUACUCAACCUGGCCACAGAAUGGUGUUCCACAAAGUCCAGUUCACGUUGGUCACUUGUUUCAUCACAGUCUAGCAGCAAGGACAAGAGGG